AGACAAGGGGACAAGAAAAGUCUGGGAAGUCAAGGAAGACACCACUAGCAGGUUCACAAUGAAAACGUCCUUUCUUCUGCUGCUUGUAUUCCUGUACCUAGAACAGGCCCAAGGAUCACUCCACAGAGUGCCCCUCAAGAGGCAUCAGUCUUUGCGGAAGAAGCUGCGAGCACAGGGCAAGCUCUCUGAAUUCUGGAAGUCCCAGAAUCUGGACAUGAUCCAAUACACAGAGUCCUGCACAAUGGACCAGAGUGCCAAUGAGCCUCUCAUCAACUACCUGGACAUGGAAUACUUUGGCACCAUCUCCAUAGGCUCCCCCCAACAGAACUUCACCGUCAUCUUCGAUACUGGUUCCUCCAACCUCUGGGUCCCCUCUAUGUACUGCACCAGUCCAGCCUGCAAGACGCAUGCCCGGUUCUUCCCCUCCCAGUCUAACACAUACAGUGCCCUGGGGAAUCAAUUCUCCAUUCAGUACGGGACUGGAAGCUUGUCUGGAAUCAUUGGAGCUGACCAAGUCUCUGUGGAAGGACUGACAGUGGCUGGCCAGCAGUUUGGAGAGAGUGUCAGUGAACCAGGCCAGACCUUCGUAAAUGCAGAAUUUGAUGGAAUUCUGGGCCUGGGGUACCCUUCCUUGGCUGUUGGAGGGGUCACCCCAGUGUUUGACAACAUGAUGUCCCAGAACUUGGUGGAUCUACCCAUGUUUUCUGUGUACAUGAGCAGUGACCCAGAAGGUGGCUUGGGGAGUGAGCUGAUUUUCGGAGGCUAUGACCACUCCCAUUUCUCUGGGAGUCUGAAUUGGGUCCCAGUCACCAAGCAAGGCUACUGGCAGAUUGCACUUGACUCAAUCCAGGUGGGAGGCACAGUCAUGUUCUGUUCUGAGGGCUGCCAGGCCAUUGUGGACACAGGGACCUCCCUCAUCACAGGCCCCUCAGACAAGAUCAAGCAGCUGCAAAAGGCCAUAGGAGCCCAGCCUGUGGAUGGAGAAUAUGCUGUGGAAUGUGUCAAUCGCAAUGUCAUGCCAGAUGUCACCUUCAUCAUCAAUGGAGUCCCCUACUCCCUUCAAGCAAAUGCCUACAUCCUGCUGGACUUCGUGGAUGGAAUGGAGUUCUGCAGCAGUGGCUUUCAAGGUCUGGACAUCCAGCCUCCAGCUGGACCCCUCUGGAUUCUGGGCGAUGUCUUCAUUAGACAAUUUUACUCAGUCUUUGACCGUGGAAAUAAUCAAGUGGGCUUGGCCCCAGCAGUCCCCUAAGUAGGAGCUUUGUGGCUGGACCUGCCUGCCUAGCACCCCUUGAGAAUCCAUCUGGGCCACUUUGAUCUGGCCAUACUUCACACUUGUCAAAAAGUCAUUUCCAAUAGACAGAAUGCAGUUGUGCUAGAGAUGCAACUUGAGUUAGGAUCAAACAGCUUGAGAACAAAGAUACACAAAAACACGACACACACCACCAGCAUAUCACCACCACCAUCAAAAUGGAAGAAUUAAGUUGUAUGCUCAUAGUUUUUAUUGCUUAUUGACAACUUCUUGAAUGAAAAUCUUCAAAUAGGUAUACAAAGAUUAUAGUUCAAUCAGAUUCAAACUCUGGGCAGACACUGUGCACCAGACUCAAACCUUAACCCACCCACACUGAGGCAGACCUAUUUUAAUCUACACCAUUAUCUGGUCCUCACUCCAGCCCUCUCUCCAGCCCUACAGCCUUGGAUUAGUUUCAUACAAACUCUUAGUAUCUCAUCACCUAUUGCAUCAUGUAAGUCUCUCUAAUGUUCUUUUCUAAUAGUUCUUUUUUACAGUUGGCUUAUUUAUACCAGGCUUCAAAGUACACAAUUGCAUUUAUUUAUAAUGUUUCUUUUCAUCUAUAGGAUUGGUUCACCAUGUUCUGAAUACAAAGACACCAUGUAAUGAGAUUCUCUGAGCCUAGUUUUUUAGAUAUAAGGCCUGAUUUUGUAGUAAGAAGUAGUGUAAAGCACUUCUUAGAUGGUGCUUGGUGCCAUCUGGAGGCAAGUGACACUUGGUGCCUGUAAUGACUGGGGUAAAGCAGUGGUUUUCCUACUUCUUUUCUUCCUUCUGCCUUUGUUAGUUGGAAUUCUUCUGAGAUCCUUUAAACAAAUGAAAAUAGAAACACAGUGUGAUCUAGCAAUGCCACUCCCAGGCAUAUAUCCAAAGGUUAUAAAAAGAAUACUCAUUCAGAAGGUUAUGUGAGCCACUGUUUUCAUAGCUUCUCUAUUCACAAUAGCCAAAACUUAGAUGACUAGAUAAAGCUUGGAAUAUAUAUUCAAAGGACAAAUAAAUAAUGAUAUUAUAUUAUUUUGGAAAAAAAUAAUGGAACUGGGGGUGGUUAUGCUAAGUGAAGUAAGUACAGGUGAAAGACAACUAUCAGAUGUUUUUAUUUAUAUGUAGAAUACAGACAACUAAAGCAAAUGAACCUGCAAAAUCAAUAAUAAACACAGUCUCUUGGACUUUAUGAGAACUACACUGAUUGUCUGAAGGAAGAGGGGGCACAGGAUUUUGGUGGUGGAUAUGGCCAACUACAUACACACUUAUGUGCAGGUGAAAAUAUAUCCCUAAAAUCUUCAAAUCUUGAAAGCUAC